GCCCGUGGCACACAUUUUUAUUGUUUUUUUCCUCCUCUCCAACUAUCAGGAUUCUGAAUAGGUUUACUCUAUAACGGACGAGUCAGAUAAUUUAUACCCCAAACAAUAACAUCUUUUACAGAAAGAAAGAAAAAAAUGACCCACCAAUUCCGUAAAUUGUAAUUACAGUGCUCAAAACUGCACAAACCUGUUUCUAAAGAAAAGACUGCUAAUUAAAAAAUUUAAAAAAAUCCCACCAUCCCGUCACUUCUGCUAACCAGCCAAACGACAGAUAGCUAAGCUAAGGACCUAGCUAGCACAGUUCAGCAGAGCACAUCUGGCAUUUGUUGUGAUACAUCUGGGAUUUUGAUGCAUUAGCCCUAAUAGGCGCUUUCAGCACCCGAAGUCCGUCUGUAUUUGUUACACAAUUAGCCCGCCUGUCCACGUUGUCAGAGACAGAAUAAUGGAAGAUGUAGAGCAGCACAACGCCUUUAAUUCAAAGCAGAACGGCUAAUAUUAGCGAGGACGCAACUCCCUGUCACUGAAGGAGCUCUCCAGUUCUGUAACAGUAUCAUGCAUGCAGUGGGAGAAAUUUUCCAAGAGAGAUGUUUUGCUGGUCCCUCGCCCCCUGCACCGUGUCGAAGGGACUUCCUGACGAGACCUUCUCUUUCUGAUCAAUGUCCGAGUUACAACAAUGGACGCGGAGUUGGAGUUUGCCAUCCUGCCAAGCACGACUGGCAAACAGCUUUUUGACCAGGUGGUGAAGACGAUCGGACUAAGAGAAACAUGGUUCUUCGGCCUUCAGUAUCAGGACAGCAAAGGCUUCUCCACCUGGCUCAAGAUGAACAAGAGAGUGACGGCUCAAGAUGUGAAGAAGAACAACCCCCUGCUGAUUAAGUUCAGGGCCAGGUUUUACCCGGAGGAGGUAGCCGAGGAGCUGAUCCAGGAGGCAACGCAGCGCCUCUUCUUCCUGCAGGUGAAGGAGAGCAUCCUGAACGACGACAUAUACUGUCCGCCCGAGACUGCAGUGCUCCUGGCAUCGUAUGCAGUGCAAGUCAAACACGGAGACUACAGCAAAGAUUAUCACGUACCGGGAUACCUCACCAAAGAGAAGUUGCUGCCACAGAGGGUUUUGGAGCAGCACAAGCUGAAUAAAAAUCAGUGGGAGGAAAGAAUCCAGGUGUGGCAUCAAGAGCACAAGGGAAUGCUGAGGGAGGACGCAAUGCUGGAGUAUCUGAAGAUAGCCCAGGACCUGGAGAUGUACGGGGUCAACUACUUCAACAUCAAGAACAAGAAAGGGUCCGAGCUGUGGCUGGGGGUGGACGCGCUGGGGCUGAACAUUUAUGACAAGAAAGACAAGAUGACCCCAAAGAUCGGCUUCCCCUGGAGUGAGAUAAGAAACAUCUCAUUCAACGACAAGAAAUUUGUCAUCAAGCCAAUUGACAAGAAAGCCCCGGACUUUGUUUUCUAUGUACCUCGUCUCCGCAUCAACAAACGCAUCCUGGCAUUGUGCAUGGGAAACCAUGACCUGUACAUGCGCAGACGCAAACCCGACACCAUCGAGGUCCAGCAGAUGAAGGCCCAGGCCAGGGAGGAGAAGAACAAGAGGCAAAUGGAGCGGGCUCUGCUCGAGAGCGAGAAAAAAAAGCGAGAAAACGCCGAGAAGGAAACGGAGAAGAUUGCCCGGGAGACCAUGGAGCUGAUGGAACGAUUGAGACAGAUUGAAGAGCAGACAAAGAGAGCUCAAGACGAGCUGGAAGAGCAGACCCGCAGAGCCCUGGAGUUGGAAAAGGAGAGAACAAUCGCUCAGGAGGAGGCAGAGCGUCUGGACUACGACCGCAGAGCUGCAGUGGAGGCGAAAGCGGCCCUGCUGCACCAUUCCGAGACCCAGAUCAAGAGCCAGGAAGGCCUGGCCACUGAGCUGGCUGAGCUUACCACUAAGAUCUCCCAGCUGGAAGAAGCCAAGAAGAAAAAGGACGAGGAGGCGCAGCAAUGGCAGAAAAGGGCCUUGAUGGUAGAAGCUGAUUUGGAGCGAACCAAAGACGAGCUGAAGACUAAACUAAUGGGUGUCCAAAUCCAGAACUCUGCUCACCCCCACAUGCACGAGCACGACGAGACGGACGAGAGCAGCGCCGAGGCGAGCGCCGAGCUGACCGCCCCCGGCAUGGUCUGCGACCGCAGCGAGGAGGAGAGGGUGACGGAGGCGCAGAAGAACCAGCGGCUGCAGAAGAACCUGAAGUUCCUGAGCACCGAGCUGGCCAGAGCCGUAGACGAGAGCAAGAAGACCCCCAAUGACCUGAUCCACGCUGAGAACGUGAGGGCAGGCCGUGACAAAUACAAGACCCUGCGUCAGAUUCGCCAGGGCAACACGAAGCAGCGCAUCGACGAGUUCGAGUCCAUGUAAGACGGCGAAGGCUCAGAGCUGCGCUGCACAGCGAGGACGAAGUGGAGAUUUUAGAUGAGUAGAGGCUGAUUAUUACCCUGGAAAACGUCUCGAUGUAACCGAAUGUGACAGAAAAAUAAUUUAUCACGCUGUGAGUUCUUUGGUGUCUCCUUUUUUUUUCUGUUUUUUUAUUUUUUAUUUUUGGAAAAUAACAAACUGCCCCCUGAAAGCACGUCUCAAGUUCCACCCAGUAGUUGGAAACUUGUAUCUUUCUCGCCCUUUGUUCCCCCGCCUGAUGUCCCGGACAGUCUGAUUACACACACACACACACACCCACACACACACAGAGCUGCCAUUUUAAAACGACCGUCCUUGUGAAACAUUUCCCCGCCGUGGACCGAUCGGGAAAGGAUUUUGAGCCGCUUUGCAGGUAUUCCAUGUUACACUUGUUGUCUGUCUUAGAGAAUUAAGAGGGAAAAAAAAGUGAGCUUCUCCUUCAAUGUGCCUAAUGAGGCAUAUAGUCGCCAAUUAUAACUUUUGCCAUUCAUGUACACAAAACACCGAGUUCCCAGCAUCAUCUCCUCAUCACUGCACUUACAGUUUUAUUACCCAGUCUUGCAAAAAUGAAUGUGUUUGAAUACAAAUCAAAGAUUUGGAGCAGUUCUGUUGGGUCUUUAUUCCCUCCCCGCCUCCCCUCCUCUUAAUGAAUGAAAAUACAAAGGUACAUUAUUAUUCUAUAUUUGUUUGGUUUACUGUUAAUAAUUGUUUUAAACAUGAGUGAAUUGUUCACACUUGUCAUAAUUAGAGAAUAAAGAGAGAGUGCACCCUGGGUACAUGUCGGUUUAUAUUUCA